UCGGAAACGGGUACCCCUGCCACGGGUAGGCUCGGCCAGUCCAAAAAGUUGGACCACAGUGCGGCCGACGCCACCGUACCACCCGCGGCUUCCGACCCGCAAAUCCCCGGGACGUCUCGCGAGUGCCUCCCAACCGGCACCAGCGCCGAACAAGUUAAUGUUCCCCUCAGUUGCAGGUCUCGCGCUUCGAGCUCUACGCGAUCAUCGGCCACGAUUAGGGCACGACGAUUGACCGCGGAGGCCCACUUGGCCCGCAAAAGCAUAGAAAGGGAACAGGAGCUCUUUCAACGCGAGCUCGACAACCAACGGAAACUCCUUGAGCAGUUUAAACAGGUAGAACAGCUUGAACUUGAAGCGAAAAUAGCCGCCUUAGAAGCCGAGGAGCGAUCCAAUCACACGAAAAUACGGCGCGUCUAUAUAACGCACUCCGCGGGCCCGCCCGGGAGGCCGUCGCCUCUUUACUCAACACCGCGGCAGCUUCCGAAGAUAUCAUGGCAGCACUCGAACGUACAUUUGCUUGUCCCGAAAUGAUUGUCUUCGGCGAAGUACAGAUUUUAAAAACGCUGCCUCGGCUCGGGCCUGACCUAAAGGAGAUAGGUAUUUUCGCUAAUAAGGUACGCAAUUCUUUGUCUACUAUGAAAUUACUCGGCCUACGAGAAUAUUUACAAUCGCCAGAGCUGUUUCAUAAUAUUCUAGGAAAAUUUAACCCUUUAAUGAAAAUGAGAUGGUCUGAUUAUGCGUCAGAUUUGUCAGAAACGUCAAACCAUCUCAAGUCAAAGUUAGAACUUUUAUCUGACUUUCUAACACGCGAACACGAACGCUAUAUUAAAUUCGCUUUAUCGCCAGAAGUAGGGCUUUCUAUGUCUAUACCGCAACAAUCACGAGUACAUUUUCCAAUGAAUAAACCAUUUAAACGUGAAAAUAUACAUGCCGUCACUCAUGACAAAAAUAAAACAACUGGUAACAUAGUGUGUUUAUUGUAAAAAAUCCCACAAUAUUAAAAACUGUACUCAAUUUACGUCGUUAUCUGUUGACGAUAGGUGGCGAUGGUUGCGUGAACACAAAGUUUGUUAUAAAUGUCUAAAAGACAACUCACACCUAUGCAAAUUAUGCAAAAGCAACCCUUGCGGGGUCGAUGGUUGUACUUUUCGACACAACCCUCUUUUGCACGGCAGGCAGGAUACGUUUAGAUCACCGCCUACACCCGAUACACGGAUUAAUAACGUCAUUUGCGUUCCUGCGGCUGAAAGUGAUAUCCAGGUGUCGGACAAUAAUGUGACUGUGUCAAAUAUAGGUAUAUCGUGUAAUCAACAUAAAACAUCUAAUGAAAUAUGUUCAAAUAUUACAAUGUUGAAAGUUUUACCAGUGACACUGUCAGGGCCAAAUGGCAGCUAUGAAACCUUCGCGUUUCUCGAUGAUGGCAGCACUGCGACUAUGAUCGAUUGUAAAGUGGCUGCUCGCUUAGGUUUAAUAGGACCUGAAGAGUUCAUAACUGUCAAUGGUAUCAUGGGUUUACAAAAAACUACAAAGGUAAGAUACGUUGACUUUUACAUAAGAGGUAAAUAUGAAUCUGAUAUCCAUUUGGUAAAUCAUGCUAAGGCUGUACAAUCGUUAGGCUUGAACGAACAAACUCUAUCUAGAGAGACUAUUGAAUCUUAUGCUCACUUAAAAGACCUAGCCGAAUACUUGACAUAUGCUGACGCUACACCAACCGUACUUAUUGGUGCUGAGCAUUGGCAUCUGUCAAUAUGUCGCGAGGUUUGUGAAGGCAGACGUAACGAGCCCGCCGCUUGUCGCACUUUGCUUGGGUGGACUUUGUAUGGACCAACGAGUAGCAAAACCAAGCCAGUCGAGUUCGUCAACCAUUGUCAGUUAGACCGCACUGAACCUUCUGAAAAUGAACGCCUGGAGUCACUGAUAAAGGAGCAAUACAAACUCGACUCGCUCGGUAUCUCUAAGCGCGAGACUCUAUUUAGCAAGCUAGACUCCCGUGCCGUCGAGAUUCUUGAUGCUACCACCACACGCUUACCGACCGGUAGAUAUGAAGUAGGUCUUCCGUGGCGUGACAACAUACAGUGUGUUCCCGAUAGCUGCCCGCAAGCUUUAUCAAGAUUUCUAAGCCUCGAAAGGAGAAUGAUUCGUGAGCCCGCCUUCGCUGACGCGUAUAAAAAGUUUAUUGAUAACAUGAUUGCUAAAAAUUAUGCUGAGGAGUGCGAUUCCGGCACUUAUUAUAAUCAUCUUAUCACUAAAAGCGUCAACACCAGCAUUGAUCUCAAACACGAUACCAAUUUAGGCGAUUAUUCAAAUAAAAUUCACACCUUAUCUGAUAACUUACAACCUAGUACAGUCAGUCCGAAUAAAACAGAAACAAAUUUUGACAUUGAGCUGUCAAGUGUGAAUAACAAUAAAAAUAAAUUAAAAACCGAAUCUGAACCUAAUAAAAGUGACAUUAACGCAAGAAUAAGGUGGUAUUUGCCUCAUUUUGGCGUGUACCAUCCACAAAAACGUAAACUUCGUGUUGUCCACGACGCAGCCGCGACUAAUCAGGGUGUUUCAUUAAACUCGUUGCUGCUUCAAGGACCUGAUCUUUUAGAAAAUUUAUUAGGUAUUUUAUUUCGGUUCAGAGAGGGCGCUGUUGCUAUAACAGCUGAUAUUAAGGAAAUGUUUCCUCAAAUAAAAAUCCGUGAACAAGAUCGUGACGCACUACGUUUUUUAUGGCGCGACGUUCAGUCAAGGGAAACAAUGCCUCUAAAAGAAUAUCGGAUGACAGCUGUCAUUUUUGGAGCAUCGUCCAGCCCUUUCACUGCGUUGUACAUUAAACAUAAAAACGCUAUGUCACACCAAGAUUCGUAUCCAGCGGCAGCCAACGCAAGUAUCCAUAGUUCCUAUAUGGACGACUUCUUGGAUAGUCUGGACGAUGUUGACGAAGCUGCACAGAUGGCAUCCGAUGUUGUGACUAUUCAUCGUAACGCAUGUUUCGAAAUGUGUGGCUGGAAUUCUAACGAUCAGGGAGCAUUGCGUCUUGUACCGACUGAACUGCGCGCCGUCCAGCCUAGUGAGAUGUCACUUGGCAGUGAAUCAAGUAGCGUCAGAGCCUUAGGUGUUUCAUGGGAUCCUAUUUCGGACACUGUCGGAUUUAGGACUGGUUUAGAAGGUCUCAUACUACAGGGCAGUUUUAAUAAACGCAAAGUGUUGUUCCACCUCAUGAAAGUAUACGACCCACUAGGUUUGUUGGGCCCAAUAGUGGUCAAAGGGCGUAUACUGCUUCAGGAGGCGUGGAGAUCCAAUAUUGACUGGGACACACCAUUUCCACCAUCACAGAUUUUAAAGUGGAACGAGUGGUUUAAGGAACUGUCUGACGUAUCUACAAUUAGGAUUCCACGAUGGUACGCCAAGCUCAAUGGAGAACCUCUACACAGGGAGCUACACAUUUUCGCGGACGCAAGCGAGUUGGCCUUUGCCACCGUCGCUUAUUGGCGCUUAUUGUAUGCAGAUGGUACAGUCAAGCUCGCACUCAUCACCAGUAAGACGAGAGUCUCACCUUUGAAGCCCAUUUCAAUUCCUCGUCUAGAAUUGCAGGGCGCUUUGAUAGCUUCUCGCCUUGCUGUCACUAUUAAAGAGUUUCAUAAGAAAAAACCUUUACGAACUUUCCUGUGGACAGAUUCAAGAACUGUCCUCGGUUGGCUCAGAAGUGACGCACGAACGUACAAACCCUUUGUGGCCCAUCGCGUAGGAGAAAUUACAGAAAAUACGCGCGUGCAAGAUUGGAAAUGGGUCCCAACUGAUUUGAACGUUGCGGACGAUGCCACUAGGAUUAAGCCGCUUCAUCUUAAUCCUAACCACCGAUGGUUUACAGGUCCCUCGUUCCUUCUCGAUCCACCGGAGAAUUGGCCUGUUGAACCAGCUGGUCAGCCUAUAGUCCAGGAAGAGCGGAAGCAGACUUCUGGACUUGUGGUUGGUCAUCUGACAAUUACCGCGGAUUUCAGUCGUUUUAGUGACUGGCUACGAUUACUUCGUGCUACUGCUCGCGUUUUGCAAGCUGCGUCUAAAUUUCGCUCGGCUUUAGAUCGCGUAGGUCGCGUUGCUCCUAGCACCGAUGUUAGGCUUCGUCAACGUACGAAUAGACCUACGUCCACCACUCUAAUCCCCCUGACAGCGGAACUUAUGGAAGCCGCAGAAAGGCACGUCCUGAAGAAAGUACAGUCUGAAUCAUUUAGUGACGAAAUCCCAAUAAUAGAACGUGGAGAAUUGAUACCAAAGAGUAGUCGCCUGGCGAAGCUUUCUCCCAGAAUGGGGCCAGACAACUUGUUGCACCUAGCUGGCAGAAUCGUUGCCGUACAAGACGUCGGUUCCGAGAUCAAGUUUCCAAUCAUUCUAGAUGGACGACACCCAGUAGUGCGCUUAUUGGUCAAUUUCUACCAUCGCAAGGCUGGACAUGCAAACAAUGAAAUGGUGGUCAAUGAGGUUCGACAAAAAUAUUGGCUUCUUCAUCUGCGCAGUACUGUUCGAAGCGUCACCAGCAAAUGUUUGUCCUGUCGCAUCAAAAGAGCAAAGCCAAUGAAUCCGAUGACCGGUAACCUUCCUCCUCAGCGGCUUGCCCACCACCGCCGCCCAUUCACGUACACUGGCUUGGAUUAUUUCGGCCCGAUAAAUACCAAGAUCGGCCGAAGACAAGAGAAACGUUAUGUGGCCCUGUACACCUGCAUGACAUCCAGAGCCGUUCACCUGGAGCUUGUACAUUCCCUUUCUGCUGACUCCGCAAUAAUGAGCCUGCGACGGUUUAUUGCUAGAAGAGGCGCUCCCAAUACUGUAUAUUCUGACAACGGUACAUGUUUUGUUGGUGCAGACCGAAUUCUACGCGAAUUUUAUCAGAACGAGGUCUACGAUUUUGCUGCCAAUAGAGGAAUAAAGUGGAGCUUUAUCCCUGCCGCUGCUCCUUUUUUCGGCGGAUGCUGGGAGAGACUGAUUCGCACCGUCAAAGUCGCGCUGAAUGCCACAUUACGAGAAAGAGAACCUAAUCCCGAAGUCCUAGUAACUCUCCUUCUAGAAGCUGAGGCAAUUGUAAAUUCUCGACCUCUGACCCAUGUCCCUAUUGGCCCUGAAGACCAGGAAACCCUAACGCCCUUCCACUUUCUAAUUGGCUCAUCUUCUAACCAGGUUCUGCCUGCAACCCUUGACGACCGAGACCUUUUAAGACGUGCUGACUGGAGGAAGGCGUUGAGAUUGGCCGACCACUUUUGGAACCGAUGGGUAAAAGAAAUUCUGCCAACCAUGCAACCUCGCCAGAUAGCGGAGAACAGAGAGCACGACUUGACUCUUGGCGACUUAGUCAUCAUUGUAGACCAGAACCUACCCCGAGGAACCUGGCCACGCGGCCGCGUCGUUGCUACAUUCCCUGGCAGAGACGGAGUGGUCAGGGUGGUGGACGUAGCCACAUCAGGUGGAAUUCUUCGUCGACCUUCUAAAAAAUUGGUCAGAUUAGAGGCAUAAAGUCUCAGUUUAUAUCUAGUCUGGCUAGUUUUGUGUGCUUUCGCACACAAGGGGGUGGGAUGUUAAGGGUGUAUAUGUAAAUAGGUUUUGAUACGUUUACACUAUUAUCUAUGUCUAGUCUUAAGUUCUUUUUUAAUUCCAUAUUUAAAUUCUAAUGUUAUUUUGACUGUUUAUAUUUUUGUACGUCAGUUCGCAAAAUAAAUCCAUCGAAACUA